UUGAUUUUUAGAGCAACUGAACUCGCGAAGAUUCACACUGGUGUGCUGAAUUUCACCAAGAUCAAAUACCCCCAGGUUCUUUCCAACUUGAUACGGCUUUUGGGUGAGUGUAUCAUCGAACAGCAGCAACAGAAGUUAUCGACAAUAUAUCGAGAACCUUUUGUACACAUGUCCAAUCUGAACACGAUAGUCGUCAUGGCGGUAAAACACGACGUGUCUAUUCCUGCCUUUUCCCUUGAUUUGUGGCAUUCUCUGAACAGCAUAACGCCAACGUUGCAUUUGUCGUCUGGCGUCGUACUGGAUACGUUGGGACCGACGGCACUCGAUACUGUUAACGAAAGCCGGCUUUUGACGUGGCUUAGCGAACAAGAGGACGCAUAUUCGAUCGUUCUCUAUGAAUGCGACGCGGAAAUCACCCCGUGGACAAAGCGCUGCAUACGUCGCGCCGACUGCAUUCUGACGGUCGCCAACGGCGAAAGUGAUCCGUCGGUCACCGUGGUACGUACGUUCUCGGUAAUCUUACUUGAAACCGCGCGUUGUGUUAGUGCGUUAGAUCUGGCUCUAGUUGUCUAG